AUGAAGACCACAAACGUCGCCGCCGGCGCCAUGCUGGCUUCGGCCGCCAGCGCCGCUCUCCCCGAAGGUGUUGUGCAGUUCGACGUCGGCAGACGGUCGGCACACCCCAAGCUCACGCGCCGGGCCACGGCCAACACCGACUCGUCGACGAUUGACAACAACCUGUCGCAGGGCGGCUACUUUGCGACUUGCAAGAUUGGCACGCCGCAGCAAACGCUGACCCUGCAGCUGGACACGGGCAGCAGCGACAUCUGGGUGCCGUCAAGCAUCAACUCGGCCGACUCCUCGACGUUUGUGGUCGUAGGCAAGGACGAGUUCAGCAUUUCCUAUGUCGACGGCAGCCACUCGGACGGCAGCUACUUCACAGACGUCUUCACCAUUGGCGGCAGCACCGUCACAAACAUGACCAUGGGCCUGGGCCAGAGCACCGACAUCAACUUCGGCCUGGUCGGCAUUGGCUACAAGACCGACGAGGCCAUUGUGUCCACAACGCAGUCCCUGUCGUCAGCGUACAACAACCUGCCGCUGGUCAUGGUACAGGAAGGCGUCAUCAAGACCAAUGCCUACAGCUUGUGGCUCAACGAUCUCGAGGCCAGCACGGGCAACCUCCUCUUCGGCGGCAUUGAUACCGACAAGUACAAGGGCGACCUGACCAAGGUCAACAUCUACAAGGACCCGAAUACCAACACCUUCACGUCGUUCAUUGUGGCUCUCACGUCGGUCAAUGCCGUCAGCACCAGUGGCGACGAUGCGCUGACGUCGACCGCGUUCCCCGUCCCCGUCGUCUUGGACUCGGGCACGACGCUGUCCUACGUGCCGCAGGACAUGGCCGAGGAGAUUUGGAAGGAGGUGGGCGCCGAAUACGACGCCCAGGUCCAGCUGGCCGUGAUUCCCUGCAGCAUGGCCUCCAGUGGCGGCCAUUUCACGUUUGGCUUUGGCGGCACCAACGGCGCCACCAUUGACGUCGGCAUGGACGAGCUCGUCCUCGACAUCGCCACAAGCAGCGGCCCCGGCGGCCCCUCGUUCUCGAGCGGCCGCUUCAAGGGCCAGUCCGCCUGCGAGUUCGGCAUCCAGAACUCCUCCGAGCCCUACCUCCUCGGCGACACCUUCUUGCGCUCCGCCUACGUCGUGUACGACCUCGUCAACAACCAGAUCGCCCUCGGUCAGACCAACUUCAACGCCACAUCCUCCAACAUUGUCGCCUUUGCGAGCUCCGGCGCCCCAAUCCCGUCGGCCACCGCUGCACCCAGCCAGGCGCAGAUUUCGCAGCCGUCCUCGUUCACGGAACCUGCAUAUGCUGCCCAGUCGGGUUUUGCCUCGUCUGCGACAGCAUCGAGCGGCUCCUCCUCCUCCGGCGGUGGCGGCAGCUCCAAGAACGCGGCCGGUGUCAACGUCGUGCCCAUCGGCCUUCUCCACAUCGGUGCCAUCACCGCCACAAUGUUCAUCGCCGGCGGUCUGUUUAUCUUGUAA